AUGGAAGAAGAGCUUGCCAUGCUCAGACAGCUCAUCGGCCAGCUUCAAGAGCUCUUGCACAACCGCUCUCCUCCUCCUCCUUCACCUCACUCCUCCUCUUCUCCCUCCUUCUUAGUCCUCCACAACCCUCACUAUCAGAACCGAUGGUGUUUGCCCUGUAUUGAGGAAACCUCUGGUGAUGAUUGUUGUGACAUAGUAAUGGCUGCUGGAAAGAGGCCUAAGAUCUUCAACAUGUUAGAAACCGUCAAGCAACAACAACCUCUCAAGCGAUCUCGAAAACAACAACAACGGAACCAAGAAAACGAUGGCAUUACUGGAAACAUGGAUCAAGAAAUCUGGCAAGACUUUCCACAAGAUCUCUUCGAAGCCGUCGUCUCCAGAUUACCAAUCGCUACAUUCUUCCAGUUCCGAGCGGUUUGCCGCAACUGGAACGCUCUCAUCGACUCAGACAGCUUCUCCCGAUGCUUCACCGAGCUUCCACAAACCAUCCCAUGGUUCUACACCAUAACACACGAGAACGUAAACUCGGGACAAGUCUACGACCCUUGUUCGAAGAAAUGGCACCACCCCAUCAUCCCUGCACUGCCCAAGAAGAGUAUAGUUCUGCCAAUGGCUUCCGCGGGAGGUCUUGUCUGCUUCCUCGACAUUGGUCACCGUAACUUCUACGUGAGCAACCCGUUGACCAAGUCUUUCAGAGAACUGCCCGCUAGGUCGUUUAAGGUCUGGUCUCGUGUUGCGGUAGGGAUGACACUGAACGGAAGUCAUGGAUACAAGGUUCUGUGGGUUGGGUGUGAAGGAGAGUACGAAGUGUAUGAUUCUUUAAGAAACGUGUGGACCAAACGUGGGACCAUCCCGUCGAGCAUAAAGCUUCCGGUGCUGCUCAACUUCAAGUCGCAGCCGGUGGCGAUAGGGAGCACGCUCUACUUCAUGUUGACAGACCCGGAAGGGAUAUUGUCGUACGACAUGGUGUCAGGGAAGUGGAAGCAGUCGAUCAUACCGGGGCCACCGCACCUGAGUGAUCACACGCUGGCGGAGUGCGGAGAGCGGUUGCUGCUGGUGGGUCUUGUGAGCAAGAACGCUGCCACGUGCGUGUGCAUAUGGGAGCUGCAGAAGAUGACGCUCUUGUGGAAGGAGGUUGACAGAAUGCCAAACAUAUGGUGCUUGGAGUUUUACGGAAAGCACAUUAGGAUGAAUUGUCUGGGCAACAAGGCUUGUCUGGUUUUCUUGUCCUUGAGGUCCAGACAGAUGAAUCGUCUGGUUACCUACAACGCUGUUACUAGGGAAUGGAGCAAGGUCCCUGGCUGCACCGUUCCUCGUGGCAGGAAACGGCUUUGGAUCGCUUGCGGGACUGCGUUUCAUCCCUCUCCUACGGCUAGGGCUUGA